UUUUCGAAUAAGAAAACACGAGCGGAGAGUGUGUGAACUCUUGCCAUUGUUUUGGUUAAUAAACUACUUUCGAUGUGGUUGUUGUUAUUUUAAAUAUUUGUGCAUAUGUCUUGCCGCUGCUGCUCAACCGAAUACAACAUUUAGUAGAGGUUUUCCGCUAAUAUUGUUGUUAUUGUUAUUGGACUUUUCACAUUCAAUAGCGUAUAAAAACCAAAGCCACACCACGAAUUCGAGCAAUCUAAAAACGGCAAUCGCCCGACCAUCAACAAAAAUAAGCGCAUAAUACAAUUGUAUGCUUUGUUGGCACGCAAAUAAUUUAAGAAAAUAAGAAAUUAAAUACAUACAAAAAUUUAAAAUUCAAGUGAAGAAGUGCACAGUUCUACGCAGGCAACAAACGAACGUGAACGUAAACGUAACGUAACGGGUCUGCUGUGAAGGAUUUUGUACGUAAAUAAGCAAAUAAUUGAUUAAAAAAAUAGCGUAAGCAUAAGAAAAGAAGAAAAUAUUUUAUCUAAAAAUAUUAAGAAAGGUACUUUUUAUCGCACAAAAGCAUUCAAAAAAUAAUUAUAAAAACGCUAUAAAAAACUAAACUCGCGUGCGAGCUUUGCUAGCAACAACCACUACAUAUACUCGAGCUGCGUUCGCGUGCAAGUGCGUGUGUGCAAACCGUUUGCUUUAAACCGUAAAAUACGCGCGCAUUCACAAAUUGUGCGUUUGUGUGCGAUUUCAAUAUUUUUGGUUGAACAUAAAACACAUUUCCGCUCGCUGCAAGCUGCAACACGUAAAGCGAUCAACCAAUUAAAAAGAACUCAAUUAAAAAACAGACAAUUGAAGAAUUGUUGCCGCAACAAGUUGAUUGAAGAGAACAACAAAAACAAAGCACCUAUACAGCAAUAAAUAUGGCAGAUGUAUCGCAUGAAUUGGGCGCACUGCGUUUUGUAGUGGACUCGUCGCUCUCUUCUAAAGUGGCAAUGUUUAACAAACAAACGCAACAACAUCAACAGCAACAGCUUUUGAAUCCCUUCUCCACGGCCAAUGGACGUGUGUCGCCAAAGCCGACCUUCUCCAAAGACGAAUAUGGCAAACCCUUGGCAGGCAGUUUGACAGAAAUGCGUGGACAAAAAGCGAACAUGCAUGUGCUCCGCGAAAUGCUGGAACUGUGUCAAAUUAUCGACUCAGAAGGCUACAAUGUCAAGGAUGAGCCGAAAAUGCGUGUCAUACCAUUCGGCGAGCUCUUCAAUAUUUACAAUUAUAUCUCCGAUAAGGUCGUUGGCAUUUUAUUGCGCGCACGUAAACAUAAACUACUCGAUUUUGAGGGUGAAAUGUUGUUCCAACGUCGCGACGAUGACGUACCGGUUUUUCUACUCAAGCCGAUUCGUGAUAUACGUCAAGAGCUUGAGGCCAAAAUAGAGGAAAUAAAACGCGUGGGCAGCCCAGCGCCACAAGCCACGUCAUUGCUGCUAGACAAGAGCGCUCACAAGCAGAAAUUGGGCUCACGCAGCUCCACGCCCUCUACCUCGCCAGCACGGUCAAAACCACCAACGCCAGCACCAUCAAAAGCGCCCACGCCCGCGCAAUCGAAGGCCUCAACGCCCGAGCCCGCCGAUGUAGCAAAAUUACCGGUGGCGCCCGUCACAAUAGGCGCAGUAACCGCCCAGCCAGCAAUUGUUAAUAAUACAAAAGCAACAGCACCGGCGGUUACCAUCACCGCUGCACCAGCUGUGGAGGUGACUGAGGCAGCAGAAAUAAGCGAACCCAUUGCUAGACUAGAGGGUGGCCAGGAAGCUAAGACACCAGCAAAUAAGGAUGAGCUUCCAGCGCGUAUCGAUAUUACUGCGGCCGAAACGGAGAUUAGUGUUAAUCAAUAUACGACGCCCGAAUUGGAGCCAGUAAUUGCCGAGCAUGCGGGUGUGCCGGCGGCUGCAAAUAAUUCGAAUGCUAUUGAGAAUGCCGAAGUGUCGACGAUUGUCAUUGAAACAAGUGGCGUGCAUACGCGCACGUUGCCAACGCUGCAGGAGAAUGCAGCAGCCGUAGUACCGGUGCAAGCGCCGACUACAGUGGAGGCAAGCGCCGCAGAAAGCGUUACAGAGCCGGCGGCAGGUAGCAAUGAGGCACAUCCCGAGGAAUAAUUUACUAAACCAAAAAUAACUAUUUUUUUCGAUUUGAAACAUUAAGCUAGUUAAACAUACUAUAUAAAUACUACCCUAAAAUAGGGUUAGGUUAGCGGGGUACUACUUAAUUGCAUGUAAAUUCUGAGUUAGCAAAUGCAGUAAACUAAUUUGUAGUUUAGACAUUAGCUGCAGUAUUAUAAAAUAUUGUAAAGCGAAUGUAGAGAGAUUGGCGGUGAAAAAUUAAGCUAAGCACUACGUUGGCGCAAUUUGAACCGUUAGAUAUUGACAUUUUCGUAAAUUUGCGAACGGAGAGUUGCCACACUAUAAUAUAUUAAUUUGUAAAUAAAAUUUGCAGUAGUUCGUGUACUUAAACAGAAAAUUAUAUUUAAUACAAAAAUUUGAUUUAUAUUUCAAUAAAACUAGUAUAGACAGAAAGUAAUAAAA